AUGUCUUAUAACGAUUGGCCUCCCUACCGGGAGACAGAGCUGCGAAGAGACAGCCUAAGAAGCUUCAUAGACUGGGGCUUUCUUUACAGACAGCCCCUGGAUUCUGCUGCUGCUGCACUUGAGUAUUUUUCUUUAACACCUUUCUAUGCAGAGGUUAGAGCAGAUUGUGCUGCUGCUGCUGCUGCUGCAGCUGCUGCUGCUGCUGCUGCUGCAACCGGUAGUAGCCCCGCGGGGCCGCUGCCCCCACAAGCAACAACAACAGCAGCUGCUGCUGCUGCAGCUGCUGCAGCAGGGGACGGGGGCCCCUCACCCCCGCUGCUGCGGCAGCACUUGCUGCUAAACGAGAGAGUAAGACAAGGAGAAGCAAUAGAUAUUGAAAAGGAGACAGGGUUAUGUUUUACUGUAGUUAUAGACAACCUGAAGAGCAUACAAGAGGGGGCCCCUGCUGCUGCUGUUCCGGACCAGGAGCAGCAGCAGCAGCAGCAGCAGGGGCAGCAGCAGCAGCAGGGAGAGCAAACUGCAGCAGCAGCAGCACUUCUUGCUGCACGCUGCAAUUACUAUCGAUUGAAGAGUCUCUUCGUAAUAGGUUUAAUAGAAAGGAAACAGAAUAUACACGGCUUAAUACAGCAGCAGCAGCUGCGUAUUUAUGCUAUAAUCGGUGGUAGGGUGUAUCGGCAGCCCCCUAUUCGAGAUGCUUUGCUGCAGCGUCUUGCUGAAGCGGUAGAGGACCUCUCUUGCUGCGCUGAUUUGCUGCUGCUGCAGCUCUGUCGCUGGUCGCUGCCUGUCGGCUUCUCCUGGAGGGGGCCCCUCUCAGCUAAAAAGAGACUCCAGGCAGACACUGCAGCAAACAAAUACUGCGCAGACGUGCUGCAGCAGCAGCAGCAGCAGCAGCAGCAGGAACAGCAACAGGAACAGGAACGGCAGCAGCAGGAGAAGCAGCAUAAAGGAGAGAACACUCACCUUCAAGAAGACAGCAGCAGCACAGCUACCAAUCCCAGCAGCAACAGCAACUCCAGCAGCAGCAGCAACAGCAGCAGCAGCAGAAGCAGCAGCAGCAGAGUGCGGGUGCAGCGGGAGGCCUUAAGACGAGACUGGGGAGAGGCAGCAGCAGCAGCAGCAGCAGAGGCCGCGCAGCUGCAGCAGCAGCAGCAAACUGUAGGGAUGCUCAGGUCUCUGCUGCUGCAGGCAGCACCAAACCCUCAAGAGGCGUUGAUGCUGCUGCAGCAGCUUAAACCUCCAGCAGCAGCACACCCGUAG